UCGGUGCUCGGUGGAAGCUGCUGCGCUGGUGCUCACAGGUGCUUUCCAGGAUGAGGGUGUCCGGCCUGGGAUCCUCCUCUUCGCUGGUUGCCUUCGCGUCCUUGCUUCUUAUCUGGCCCAGCCAAGUCGCAGCAGCCAAGGAGCUAAAGUUCGCCUUAUUACUAUUUCGGCAUGGAGACCGGAGUCCUAUUGAAACCUUUCCCAAUGAUCCCCAUCAAGAAUCUGCUUGGCCUCAGGGAUUUGGACAACUUAGCCGGCUUGGGAUGGAGCAGCACUAUGAGCUUGGAACAUAUCUAAAGAAAAGAUAUUCCAACUUCUUGAAUUCUACUUACCACCGGAAUAAGGUUUAUGUCCGAAGCACAGAUAUUGACCGGACUCUGAUGAGUGCCAUGACAAAUCUUGCUGCCCUGUUUCCACCAGAAGGCUCUAGUAUUUGGAACCCCAAAAUCCUCUGGCAGCCAAUUCCAGUUCAUACAGUACCAGUUUCUCAAGAUCAGUUGCUGUACCUUCCUAAUAUGAAAUGCCCUCGACUUGAAAAGCUUCAGAAAGAAACUUUGAUGUCAAAGGAAUAUCAAAACUUGGUGUCUCCAUACAAGGAUUUUACAAAUACUUUAUCAAAGCUUUCAGGACUCCAAAUCAAGGACCUUAAUGGAAUCUGGAAUAAAAUCUAUGAUCCUUUAUUUUGUGAGAGAAUUCACAAUUUUACUCUACCCCCCUGGGCCACCACAGACACCAUGGCAAAGCUGGAGGAGCUGUCUAAGUUAUCUCUCUUGUCGAUCUUUGCUGUAUAUAAGAGGAAAGAAAAAACUCGGCUUCUGGGAGGUGUCCUGGUGAAAAACAUUGUUGAUCAUUUCAAGAAUGUGGCCAAUGAAUCUAAUGAGAAAAAACUCAUCAUCUAUUCUGCACAUGACACUACUAUUGGCGCCCUGCAGAUAGGACUCGAUGUUUUUAAUGGAAAAUUACCUCCUUAUGCUGCCUGCCACAUAAUGGAAUUAUACCUUGAGAAUGGGCAAUACAACGUUGAAAUGUACUAUCGGAAUGACACAAAACAGGAUCCUUAUCCCCUCACCCUACCAGGCUGCACAUCCAGCUGUCCAUUGAAGCAAUUUGUUGAGCUGGUCUCCCCUGUAAUGACAGAAGACUGGUCAAAGGAGUGUUUCAGCCUUAGUGAAGAUCAAGUUCUAAGGAUAGCACUGACUGCCUUUUGCCUAUCAUCUGGUGUUCUGGUGGUGUUGCUGUUCAUCCUCUCCCAUUACGGACCCUGCAGAAAGAGGAACCCCUAUCAGUCUAUUUAAAAGGAUGGUUAAAGCAAGAACAGAGGAGCUAUACAAGAUUCCUGGUAUGACAUAUCUGUUUGUGAUGCAACCCUCAAAGAAAUGGCAUUCAUCUCGUGGGGAUAAUUCUGCCUGAACUAAUCUGUUCAAUUCUGUUCAGAGCUUGGAAUGAAAUCACAGCAGUUCAGUAACUGCCACCAGAUUGAGAGCUAAAGGCAUACACACUUAGGAUUCAUUGGUCAUCUCAGAGUCGUGAAUUGAGACUGAUAAUUUUAUCUGGCUGGGUAGGGAGGUAGCUCCCUGACAAAGGACUGUUGUGUCUUAUACAGGAAACCUUACUAUGCCAUCUCACCAAGAGACCAGAGUGGUCAGUGUAGGGCAUAAAAGGAAACCAACUUUAGAUCACCUGUUUCCAAAAAAGAGUGAAAGAAAUUUGUGGUUGGACAGAGUGAGGUUAAAGGAAGCUAGAUAAAGAGGAAAAAUGGAAGACUAGUGUCAUAAAGGACAGUUUUCCAGAAAUAAGAAACAAUAGUAAAUUAUAGAUGAUCUUCUUUAUAAAAUUAAGAUAUAGCUAGAAUAUAGAAAUAGAAAAUAUAGUUUGAGUUGUAGCAACAGACUUCUAUCUAGAAUGUUUUCAAAACCCUAAGAGGAAGUUACUCAAAUUCCUUCACUUAGAACAUUAACCUUUUUAGCUCUAGUUCCAUCCAAUAUGAUGUUAGAAAAGAACAGGUAGAACUAAGAAUUGGGAAUGUCUGCAAUGAGAAAACAACUAGAAAAUUCAUGGAUCAUGAUUCUAUUUGCAAGACUAAUUAUUUGUGGUUUUGUUUUUAUCUGGUUUUAACAUAAGAGGAAAUGCCACAAUAAGGGUUAAGGACAACCAUGACUAAAUGGAAAUAGAUUUCAACUUCUGUGAAUUUCGUAUCUUGCGUUUCUUACUACGUACCCAGGCACAGUCAUUGUUUUGUUAGUGACACAUCGCAGGGCUUCAAUUUAUUCAUCUUUAAAAUGAGGGGUUUGGACACAAUGACCACCAAGGUCCCUCCUAGCUCCAAAUUUUAUGAUCCUCUGAUUUCAUAUUAAUAAAAGAGUAUUUUGAACUAUGAAUGGCAUCAUAAUUCAUAAAUUGGCUAAUGAGCUUUCUGUGGUGCAUAUUAGGACGUUUAGAUAUAAUAUCCUUCUUAGCUCAGGGAUAGUAGUCGAAAUCUUUAUGUCUUUAUUUUUCAUUAGAGACAGUGGGAUAGUUAAGAGACCACUGGGCUUAAAGUCCAAAAGACCUGAGUUCAGUUUCUGCCUCUGAAACCUACUGGCUGUGUAAUCAACCCCUCAGUUCCCUAGGCAAAUCUCUAAGAUUAUAAUAGGAAGCAUAGGUGCUGGUCUGCAUUAUUCAAAGAAGCACCUUCCGGGGAGCUCCCCACACUGAUGAAAUCACAGGUCCAUCUACCAAAAAAAAAAAAAA